GUAGUGGAUGACCGCGGCGGAAAAUAAAAAAUAAAAAUAAGGGUGCGUUCUUUGAACAGAUUUCACGUGAAAUUUCACAUGGAAUCGGAAGUCAAGCCGUUCUUUGCCGAUUCCACGCGGAAUUUCACGUGAAAUCCCGCGGAAUUCCACGAUAUAGCCUUGAUUCCACGUGAAAUACGGGAAUCGAAAAAGGUUGUCCCGAGCGCUUUUUUCAAGAUGGCGACGCCCAGUGGAGGAGGGAAUGUGAAUGUGCUAGUGUGAAAAACAAAGGAAGCAACAUAAUCCUAACAUUUUGGUUUGACUAACAGCUUCUCUAAAAAAAAAAAAAAUAGUUCAGCCAUGUCUGAUGCAGAGAUUGACUUCAUGUGUGAUGAUGAUGAAGAUUAUGACCUGGAAUACUCGGAGGACAGCAACUCCGAGCCGGACGUGGAUCUGGAGAACCAGUACUACAACUCGAAGGCGCAGAAGGAGGAUGACCCCAUCGGCGCCCUCUCGGCCUUCAAAAAAGUCCUCGAGCUCGAGGGCGGCGAAAAGGGAGAGUGGGGCUUCAAGGCGCUCAAGCAGAUGAUCAAGAUCAACUUCAAACUGGGCAACUAUACCGAGAUGAUGAACCACUACAAGCAGCUCUUGCAGUACAUCAAAUCGGCGGUCACCAGAAACUACAGUGAAAAAUCGAUCAACUCCAUUCUCGAUUACAUAUCGACGUCCAAACAGAUGGAGCUGCUGCAAAACUUUUACGAAACGACGCUGGAGGCUCUGAAGGAUGCCAAGAACGACCGCCUCUGGUUCAAAACCAACACCAAACUGGGCAAGCUCUACUUCGACCGCGGGGAUUACGCGAAACUUCAGAAGAUUCUGAAACAGCUUCACCUCUCCUGCCAGACCGACUCUGGUGAGGACGACAUGAAGAAGGGGACCCAGCUGCUGGAGAUCUACGCGCUGGAGAUUCAGAUGUACACGGCACAGAAGAACAACAAGAAACUAAAGAAGCUCUACGAGCAGUCGCUGCACAUCAAGUCAGCCAUCCCGCACCCGCUCAUCAUGGGCGUUAUCAGAGAGUGCGGCGGGAAGAUGCAUCUGCGGGAGGGAGAGUUUGAGAAGGCGCACACAGACUUCUUCGAGGCGUUCAAGAAUUACGACGAGUCCGGCAGCCCACGACGCACCACCUGCCUCAAAUACCUGGUGCUGGCCAACAUGCUGAUGAAGUCGGACAUCAACCCGUUCGACUCGCAGGAAGCCAAGCCGUACAAAAAUGACCCAGAGAUCCUGGCGAUGACCAACCUCGUCAUGGCCUACCAGAACAACGACAUCAACGAGUUCGAGAAGAUCCUCAAGAACAACCGCAAAAACAUCAUGGACGACCUCUUUAUUCGUGAACAUAUCGAAGACCUCCUGCGGAAUAUCCGAACCCAGGUGCUGGUCAAGCUGAUCAAGCCGUACACGCGCAUCCAGAUCCCGUCCAUCUCGAAGGAGCUCAACAUCGACGUCACAGAGGUGGAGAACCUGCUGGUCUCCUGCAUUCUCGACAACACGAUAGCGGGCAGCAUCGACCAGGUGAACCAGGUGCUGGAGCUGACCCGUGAGCCGCGCGAGGCGCGCCGCUACCACGUGGUGGACCUGUGGGCGCGGCAGCUCUCCUCGCUUCACGCCACCGUCAUCAACCGGAUGAUGUAGAGCGCGGGCGAGCUGCCCACGGCCAACUUCGGCCUCCGGGAGCACGAGCCGGAGCCGGAGCCGCUGCUGCGCGCCCGCAGAGACGUCGAGCGCGUGCAGAUGCUGCACGGGCUCCGAGACGCCGAGAGCGAGAGAGAUAGGAGGAAAGUGGGCAAGGGGUCGCGGUCGCCCGCCUCCGCUGCCGCCGGGAAUUGAGUGCGGACGCUAAGAGCAGUGUGCUGGACGCUGAUGGAAGAUGGCCACCGUGCUCGCUGCCGUUCCCCCGUGUGUGGCUGACCUCGGACGGUGGGCGGGCGCUGUGAGUACCGUGCCCGAAGCCCCGGCGAGUGUGCCACUUACCUCUGCCCAGAGCUACUCGACAGUGUGGCGCCCCCUGAUGUCUCCCGUGUGCGCUGUUCAAGAUCCCGGUGAGUGCGUGUGUUUGGAACCGCUGCCUCAGAUGACGUCUUUGCCUCGUAUGAUGUCAUGCCGCCGCGGGAAGCCUGUGAUAGUGUGAGCCGGUACAGGAAUGUCCCGACAGCUGGGUACUCGUGUGCCGAUAGUAAUCCGAACUGCUGCGAGAGGAGACUGGGGUGAGCGGGCGGUCAGGUCACAGUGUCCGAACCAGGAUGCUGCUUGUUUGUUCUCACAUUGGGAAGAAGUCGAGCCGACCUUCUGAGAGACAAUACGGAUUAUGCUGCCGAUAGUGUGGGCAGUAACGCCUGCAUUUCAUGUGUCCCGAUACGAAUGGAAAGCAAUCAUUUUGUGGUUUGUGUAUUUUGUGUGUAUAUACAUAUUUUUACAAAACGA